UAGAGCCUACAACCUACGUGUCCGAACCACCUGCAUGCGUCCGGUCAUGGAUCCGGCGGUCCAUCUAGCUUCCCCCCUCUGGAAGUCUCGCCGAGCGACUACCACUUUAUUCUACUUCUCCGCCCACGCCCAGCGAGCACGAGACUGACGACGAGACCCGAGAGAGGCCGAGACCUGGAAGAUCCGAAUCCAUCGCCGCUCCCCCACGCGACGAGAUGUCUUCACCCGCAGAGCGGUAGGCACACAACAGCUGCGAGCAUAGCAAUCACUGGCCGGCCGGUGGGUUGGGCUAGACAGCAAGGAUGUGAGAACUACUGGGCUAGUAUGCAGAAAACGUCGAAGAGCGAGGGCAAGUACUACAAUUCACUUCCACCAGUAAGCAAGGCAUAUGGGACAUUGUGUUUCUUUACCACAGUGCUGGUUCAGCUCCAGAUACUAGACCCAGGCCUUCUUUAUUUAUCUUAUCCCCAUGUGUUCAAGAGUUUUCAGAUAUGGAGGCUAUUUACAAGCUUCUUUUUCCUCGGCAAGUUCUCCAUCAACUUUGGUAUUCGCCUUCUGAUGAUAGCAAGAUAUGGUGUGCAGUUGGAGAAGGGUUCAUUUGAGAAGCGGACAGCAGAUUUCUUGUGGAUGAUGAUAUUUGGUGCAAUCUCGUUACUGGUACUGUCUGCUAUUCCCUAUCUCGAGACUUAUUUGUUGGGUAUUCCUAUGGUUAGCAUGCUUCUUUAUGUCUGGAGCCGAGAGUACCCAAACUCUCAGAUAAGCAUGUAUGGCCUCGUCCAAUUGAGGUCAUUUUAUCUACCAUGGGCUAUGCUUGGAUUGGAUGUGAUAUUUGGCUCUCCAAUAUUGCCUGGCCUUUUGGGCAUUAUGGUUGGACAUCUGUACUACUUCUUUACAGUGUUGUAUCCGCUAGCUAGCGGAAAGAACUACCUCAAGACUCCUAUGUGGGUACACAAGAUUGUUGCUCGAUUCAGGUUGGGCGUGCAGGCAAACUCUCCAGUCCGGCCAGCUAACACAGGCCCUACUGCCUUCAGAGGAAGAGGCUAUAGACUCAAUCAGUAGACUGCUGCGACGCCUGGCGAUGUACAAGAGGCAUGAACAGGUUAACAUGGAUUCGAUCUAAACUCUGUGGCAGCUCUAGGAAUCUGGGUUGGGAUUUUUCCCAUUGAAUCUGUAAUGUCCUCAUCGAAUAACUACAGAUGUGCACUUGCAUUGUACCUGCGAAGUAGAGCUGCAUGUCUUCUCUUUCUUUUUUAAUACUCCCUCUGAUACAUAUUACUUGUCGCUCAAAUGGAUCUAGAUACAUCUAUUUGAACGACAAGUAGUAUGGAUCGGAGGCUGUAGCAAAAUCUGCUUAUAUGAUGUUCUCGAUUGCACA